GCCUCGGUCUUGGUUGCAUGGCCGAGUCGAAUCAACACGGCGCGUGGCGUGUCGGAGUUUGUGUUGGUCUCUGGGCGUAGAGUUUCAAAGAGGCGCGACUCCUGUUUCCGCUCGCUCCUUCUCCUCUUUGUCCUCGUCCUCGUCUCGGUCGCCCCUCGUCAAACAUCGUGUCAUCAAGAAUACUCCGGGAUACCACUUGGUCUAGCGAGUCUCGAUCGCCCACCAUGUCGCAGUACAAUUCUUGGGGAGUCACGCCCGGUCAAGCAUCCUCAGCAUCCUACUUUGGCGACUACUCCAAUCUGCCGCCUACCUCCUCCGACUACCCUCAGAACGGCCUUCAGGGGUACUCGUACUCCUCCCAAUCUCCUCCCAAGAAUAUGGACUUUACACAGCCAUACGAUCAGCCCUCACCCUCGUCGUCCAGUCCUUCUCGGGCCAGUCGCAUCACGAGCUGGUUCCGUUCCAGAUCUGGCUCGCCGGGAGAUGCAGGAGAGAAGCGGAGUAGGUCUCGCUCAAGGAGCAAAACGCCUACAGAAGGCUUCGUGGUACGCAGUGUAGUGAAGCAGGCAGGGGGCGUCAAUGGCUCCAACGUUCACGGAUGGGAUGCUAUGGGAGCUGCAGACAAUGAUAGCAGCUAUCAGCGUUCCAAGAGCCGACCGCUGACAGGAGGCAUGGUCAUGUCUCUCGGUGUACCACCAGGAGGUCCGGGAGGAGGCACAGGCUACGGAACAGCCCACAGUUCAAAUGAUGGUAGACCAGAGCAGCCAUCUUACCAGAAGGAGCUGCCUCCUAUGCCGAUGGCUUCCCCAUCCUCUCCAUCUCGAGGAUCCUUCGAUGCAUCAAGUAUGGGGGGAGGCUUCGCUCCUCCUCUCCGUCCGGCCAGUCCCGGCGUAGCCAAAGCAGGCGUCUUUCGCAAACCGCGUAGGCUGUCUGCCAGCCCCGCACCAUCUCCGAUCCCCAAAUCUCCAGACAGGGCGGCCCUUGAUAGACCCACUUCGCCCAUAGGCGAACGCUAUACUGCGAAUGGCUAUGGAUCAGUUGAUAACGGUCAAAACGACCUAGCAGCAAAUGAUAGCGGUCCGGUUGCCUACUUGCACGACUCGACGCUCAAUCCGUCGAACUCUGCACAUGACAUACCUGGCUUUGACCCCUCGACUUUCCAACAAGGCUCUGAGGGAGAAUUAGCCCACAUCAGCUUUACUGCAUCCCCCCUGCCCGAUCAUCGCGACUUCUCUGACCCUCGCCCGGCGAUGUCUGCCAGUCCUCUCAGGGUGAUCACGAACAAUCUCAAUUCGUUCACAGCACAAAACGCCUCCUCUGCCAGCGCGACGUCGCCAGCUGCUGGGCCUGGGCUGGCGUCUAAGCUGCGAGGCUUCUUCAAUAAUCGACCUCUGCUCGAUGGCGAAGGCGACGAAGACAAUACCGGUGCCGUAUCCGAUGACGAGCAAGGUGCGGCGCCAAGUCGACAAGAAGCAACACCGUAUGGAGUCUCCUCUUCAGUGCUGAGCUCUCCACGGAGGGGGAGCAUGCAACCCCCCUUCGCCAACUCACCGCACACCCAGCGGAAGAUGGACGCAGCGGAUUGGGAGGCGGAACAGCUGCGUCGUCAGACCCAGAUGGAGGCUGUCAGAUUGAUCGACGAAGAACGUCGACGGGCCAUGGAGGAUUCUGCUUCUUCACCUGUUCGCUCCUCCCAAGCUAGCGGCCCAAGGAAGGCAGUCCCUGCCAUGUCUCGCAAUGAUGAUGUCCCGAGCUUGCCUAGCUCCAUCGCGAGAGAAGUGGCAGACGAGGGCUGGACGAGCGAUGCUCUAUCGCAGAUGUCGGAAAGUGGACGGAGAGACCUGGUCCGACGAUUGACUGCAAAGGGCAAAGCUCGUAGCGUGCGGUCGAAUCAGACGGUGGUAGAGCACCAGAAUGAGUGGGAGUCUGAAGAGGUAGCUCGCGAGGCUGAUGAGAGCGAAGUCGAGAUUGAGUGGGACAGACUCACACCUGCGCAGAGGAUCAUUGCCGAAACCCGAGCUGGCACUCUGGAAAUGAGAUCCACCGUUCCACAAGCAGAUGACCACAACGCUGAGCUAGAGCGAUCAAGAGACCCUCGUGCAGUCAGCGAAGAGCCCUUCGAGCGUCAUGAUCAGAGCUCCAUUGCAGGGACCGUCGCUCCCAUGCAUUCAGUUCCCACUGCCGUCACAAGCCCGUCUAAAAGGGAAUCGCGACCUGAGGCUCCGAGGCUGAACACCCAGCUCACCAGUGCCACUGUCACCUCAAGCAAGAUCGGCAUCAGCCCCGGUAACGGACCUCUCCCCUCACAACUCGGCCUAAUGGAAGGUCUCGAAGAGAUGGCAGUACGCUUCUACCGCUUCGAGAGAUACGCUGUACCGCUACUUCGCUCUCUCGAGGGUCGAGUAGGCGACAUCGAGAAAGACGCCAUGAUGUCUUCCAAUGCUACUACCUCUGUCGCUCGACCUGGAGAGGCAGAGAUGGAUCGCUGGGUGGGCGAAAUGACCCGUCUGAUGAAGCAUGAGAUUGGUCAGCUCAAGGCGGCUGGGAAAGAGUUAAAAGAGGCGAGACAAGUGCUGGGAUCGCUUCUAGCGAUCGAGAAGGACAAGGUCCAGCCUGGUGCUGCGAAUGCUAUCGAGCAGGCUCCCACGGCAGGCAGCAGGGCUACCUCUCCUACGAAGAGGGAUGCUCAUGAGGUCACAGGCGGCAUGGGUAAUCUCAGUCCACCCAAACAGGAGGCGCAAGGCCUGGCUCAAGAGAGGGCCAGAUCUACGAGCCCUUCAGGUGGAAGACCGAAAUACACGUCAGCUCUAGGCAGACCAAUGGUCGACGGACGUGUUUCAGCGUCUGCCUCUCCCGAAAGACCACGCCCAUCAUCCAUUACGCCUGCGACGUCUACACAACACCUCAUUGCUCUGCAACGGGCCAAGAGCACAGCUGCUACUGUCGGUGUUGAGACUCAAGAUGGCAGACCUGUGAGCAGACAGGACUUUGUCCCUCCUCCAGGCGAUGCUAGCUUCUCGAUUGAUGCGGCAGAGGGAGAUGAAACUGAGGCAGACUCAGAGACUCAGGAAUCAAGUGCACAUGACGCAAGCUUCUCAAUUGAAGCUGCUGAGGAGGAGGAAGACGAGGAAGAAGAGGAGGAGCUACCGACUAGUCAGCUCCAGACCCCUUCGGAAGGCAUGUUCCGACCGCAAGGCAACACUCCCGCCUCGCUCAGCCCCAAUAAAAGGGACGUAAGCGUCAACGAUCGGCUCAAAGGCCUGAUGCAGAGCAGCCGACCUGCGCCCUCUCCUCAGACCCAGGCCGAAGCACCCUCACCAGUUCAGAACAACUACUACGCAGACUCUCAAUCUCUCCGCUCCAAAGCCCCUUCGGUCUCGAGCACCCACACCGCCACGACGUACCGCGCCAGUCGUCCCGUUCCCGCUGCGACGGCUGUCUCUUCUCCACCGGCGACCUCUCUAGCCCCUCCUAGCAGUAGCUACCAACACCAGCCCAUUGUGGGUGGAGGUCUGCUCGGCGCACGCACCUCACCUUCGCCAGGAGGUCUGGUCAGCACCCGCAACCUCGACGGCGGCAGGCAGAGGACAUCCCCGGCAGGCACCUCGCCCGCUUCCUUCCCCAUGUCCACAGCGGGAGGCUCCUCUCACUCCACUUCCUCGCAGCACGCCACUUGGUCCCCCAAUACCAGCCCGCGCCUAAUCCCAGACGUGAGAGGUGAGGAUAUCCGUAUCCGCUCCGGCCCCGCUCCCAGCAGCGCCACCUCUGGCACUGCCGGUCCUUUCCGAGGAGGACUUCAGGCCCGCGCUCAGUCGUACCUCCUUUCUGCCUCGGGCGGGGAGAGUCCUCCCCUCGUGCAGCAAUCCACUUUGCAAUCGCCCCGCAAGGGAGGAGACAAUGCGUCGAACUUCUACACGAGGCCUGCAGCCCCGGCAGGAGGAAGGGAGAACAUGGGCAUGCCAUCGACUGCUCCGCUCAACUUUGGCGGUGUAGGCCACAAGUCGACAUUCACCACUUCCAUUCUACCUGGACCUGGAACUGGAUCGAAUGCAGGUGUGAACACAAGUGCAAGGCAACCAGGCAGGGGAAUGAGCCUAAAGGAGCGCGUGGCCUUCUUUGAGGUCAGUGCAAACCGUAUGUGAGAGUACCUGAGGGCGGGUGCAGCCUGCCGAGGAUGAGACAGAUGCUGCUAGUGACGGCAGAUAAAAUCGUGAUUCGUGUGCGGACUCUUGUACAAAUUUUGGGGCUGCGUAGGUCAGAAGAGGAGAGGAGAGGAGAGGACAGGGCAGAGCUCCAGCUCGCCGUCUGUCUCUCCCCCCUUUUUACCUUCCUCUUCUCUUUCUUCUCUCCUCACCUCUUCCCAUUUC